GUUAAUUAAUCUCAGUCACAUAAUCGAUGUCUUUUCUCCAAAGAGUCCCAAUUCUACUUCUUUCUUCCUCCAUUAUUCUCCUCUCUACCAAAAUCAAGGCUCAAUUUCUCUAUAAUUUGUGCCAAAACAGUGGUAGUUACACCACAAACAGCACAUUUGUCAGAAACCUCAAUCUCUUGCUCACCUCCUUGACCGCAAACACUCCAAAUUCCGGUUUCUUUAAUAACACCAUAGGGACAACACCUGAUCAAGUAUAUGGCCUCGCGCUCUGCCGCGGAGAUAUCGGUCCGCAAGAGUGUACCCAAUGCCUUCAGACUGCCUCUCAAGAUCUUCCUCAGCUUUGCCCAUAUAAGAGAAGUGCAAUUGCAUGGUACUCUGAAUGCCAUGUGCGCUACGCGGCCACAAAGUUCUUCUCAAAAUUAGAUGAGUCCCUCACGGUUCUUCGUUAUUAUAACCAAAAUGUCUCGGACCCAAGAGAAUUCAAUUACCAAUCGGUGGAGAUGAUCGGUGUUAUUUCUAGUAUGGCGGCCUUUAAUACAUCGACUCAAAUGUUUGCCACCGGGGUAGUCAACAUCACAGACAUUGGGGAAGUGUAUGGGCUGGCACAGUGCACGAGAGAUUUGUCAAGAGAUCAAUGCUUCAAGUGCCUUAAUGACUCUUUGAGUGAUCUUCAGAAACGCUGUUAUGACAGUCCAGGAGGGAUAGCACUACAGGCAAGCUGUGUAUUGAGGUAUGAUUUGAAUAAAUUCUUGGAGUCAACUCCACUUUGGACAGCUCCAUCUACUAUCAGUACAGCUCCUCCAUCAAAAGAGCCGUUUUUUCCUCCUCCAUUACCUGGUGCAACACAUAAGAGACAUAAAGAAAAAUUAGUAACUGCUACUAUUGUUAUAUGCGUUUGUGUGCUUCUCCUGUCGCUAGUUGCAUGUUCUUCAUACAUUUCAUUGUCGAGGAGGAAGAAAAUUAAGAAGAGAAAAUUACGGGAAGAUAUUCAGGAGGAUCCUAGAAGAAACAACACUUUGGAAUUUGAUUUGUUUGCACUUAAAGAAGCCACUGACAAUUUCUCCAACGUCAAUAAGCUUGGCGAAGGCGGGUUUGGUGCAGUUUAUAAGGGAACAUUUCUAGAUGGACAAGAAGUAGCAGUAAAGACGCUUUCAAGAAGUUCAGAGGAAGGAGUAUAUCAACUAAAAAAUGAGCUGCAAUUUCUCACGAAGGUCCAACACAGAAAUUUGGUCAAGUUAUUAGGCUUUUGCAUAGCAAAAGAAGAGAUGCUGCUUGUCUAUGAAUAUGUUCAGAACAAAAGCCUUGACACUUUCAUAUUCGGUGAUUCCAUAAAUGAACGAAUAAACUGGGAACAACGAUACAAGAUCAUUCAAGGAGUUGCCAGAGGUCUUUUGUAUCUUCAUGAAGAUUCUACUGUACGAAUAAUUCACCGAGAUCUAAAAGCCAGCAACAUUUUGUUAGAUGAGAAAAUGAACCCCAAAAUUUCAGACUUCGGAGUGGCAAGGCUUCUUGCAAGAGACCAUACUGAAAGCAAGACGACAAGAGUAGUAGGAACAUUUGGAUAUAUGGCACCAGAGUAUGCAAUAGAAGGAAAUGUUUCUACUAAGGCAGAUGUUUUCAGCUUUGGAGUCUUGGUUUUAGAAAUUGUGAGCGGACGAAGCAACAUAAGUUUUUAUGAUCCCACAAACGUGGAGAAUCUUCUAAGCUAUGCAUGGCAGUGCUGGAAAAGUAGUACCGCGACAAAAUUGAUCGAUCCAUCUAUUAGUGAGAAUUGCCCGAUUCACGAAGUGUUGAGAUGCAUCCACAUUGGCUUACUAUGUGUUCAAGAGAACCCGGUCAACAGACCCCAAAUGUCAUCAGUUUUUCUAAUGCUCACCAGGAACAAAAUGAAGCUCCGACCUCCUUCACAACCUGCAUUCUGUUUCAAAGAAAUUAGUGAAGAAACAAGUAUACUCAGUAGAGAACCAAACUCACUUGGAGGCACAAUUGGGCAGUCUAUAAGUAGAAAAGACACGCAGAUCUCUGUCAAUGAGGUGACGAAUACAGAAAUAUACCCUCGAUAGGUAAAAUUGAAGCUACUUGCAAAACUUUUAACUUUGAACAGUUGCCAUGUUUGUGAGAUGUUACUUUGUGUAAAGAAAGUGUUAUAAUUAUAGGGAAAGUAAAGAUUUGUCCAAAUAGGAUAAGCAACUCACAUAGUUUGUUUCCAAAUUUUUAUAUACAUCGAGUAAGCGAGGUUGGUAUGGAAA